AGUAAAUUACUACUAGACUACACAGCCGUAUGUCCCACAAGGUAGCCAUUAAUAUGAAACACAAGUUCUUUGCGGACUGAACGCUCUCACUGAAAUUAAAUCUUUAUGUUAUUUCAAGUUCGUCCCUAGAUGGCAGGAGAAGCACUUCGCCACUAAUUUCGACCCGUGGUUUGGAAAUCUACCAUCUCUCAUCUGUCGUUGACGUUGUUUGUUAAAUGCAGUCACAUUUUUCAUUUAUGCAUCGGACUCCAGGACGUAUGAACAACGGCGGUGACCGUUUCAUUCCGUCACGUGCUGGAAAUGAUUGGCAAACCAAGUUUGCCAUGAUCACAGAGUCUGGCCGUAAUGGAUUAACUACAAAAAAGGCUCGUGAAAAUGGUGAAGGAGGCCGUGACGGAUUGGCUUACUCUUGUCUGCUGAAAAAUGAACUUCUUGGUGCCAACAUUGAAGAUCUUAAAGGCCAGUGUGAUGAGAGAAGAACAUUUAGUCCAUUGGAGGGAUCAAAUCUCUUUCGGUAUACAAUACCCAAUCGGAAUGCAAUUCGUGAUGAAGCAUCUUUGGCAUAUUCAUUGUCACCACUUAGUGCACAAAGCCAAAAGUUGCUUAGAUCACCAAGAAAAGCAACACGCAAAAUAUCACGAAUACCCUUCAAGGUGUUGGAUGCCCCUGAGCUUCAAGAUGACUUCUACCUCAAUCUUGUUGACUGGUCUUCACAGAAUGUGUUAAGCGUGGGAUUAGGAAGUUGUGUUUAUCUUUGGUCUGCAUGCACUAGUCAAGUUACAAGGCUUUGUGAUUUAUCUGGAGAUGGGAACUCUGUAACUUCAGUUGCAUGGAAUGAGCGUGGAAAUUUGGUAGCAGUUGGCACACAUCAUGGCUACGUGCAAGUCUGGGACGUUGCUGUAAAUAAACAAGUUAAUAUGCUGCUGGGCCAGUCAGCCAGAGUUGGAGCACUUGCUUGGAAUGGUGAUGUUCUCUCAUCAGGAAGUCGUGAUCGACUUAUCUUACAACGUGAUGUCAGAACUCCUAGUCUUGUUACAGAGAGAAGAUUGGUUGGCCAUCGACAAGAGGUUUGUGGCUUGAAGUGGUCUCCAGACAACCAGAGCCUGGCCUCUGGUGGCAACGACAAUCGCCUCCAUGUUUGGAAUCUGCAUUCGCUUUCACCUGUCCAGACUUACACUGAGCAUUUGGCAGCAGUGAAAGGUUUGUUAUCGCCAUUUAUAACAGAUUGA